AUGUGACCACAAAAUGGUGGAAGCUGUGAGCUGUUUGUGAGCUGAGCAUCUCUCCGACAGGCUGGGAGAACAGGAGAAAGGCGGUACAUCCAUGCUCUGAGACGCGGCAGGACAGAGACUCCCGACCCCCAGCAGUGGUCGUCCAGGGGAUGGACCUGGCAUCAGAGAGUAAGAUGAACUCUGAGGGGGGCGAAGGCAGACCGGUCCCUCCGACCUCUCUCCCCCUGCAAGGAGCUCCCACCCAAAGAAAAAAGCUUUCGGCCCCUCGCAUCAGCCUCUCACUGGACCAGAGCGAGGACGACCUGGGGGAGACGCCGGACGAUCUGGACAUUAACGUCGACGACCUCGACACCCCUGAUGAGGGGGAUUACCUUGACUACACCGACCAUGAAAUGGACUGGGAUGACCCCAAAUCAGCCAAUAGGAGCGGGACGAGCGAGCCUUACAACCCCAUCCCGACGUACAGCGCCGAGGAGGAGCGGCAGGACGGGAAACUGUGGAGGACGGUCAUCAUCGGGGAGCAGGAGCACCGCAUCAACAUGAAGAUCAUCGAGCCCUACAUGAGAGUCAUCUCACACGGAGGUUACUAUAGCAACGGAGUGAACGCCAUCAUCGUGUUCGCUGCCUGCUUCCUGCCCGACAGCGACAGAGAGGACUACCAUGAGAUAAUGGAGAACCUGUUUCUCUAUGUGAUCAGCACCCUGGAGCUCAUGGUGGCAGAGGACUACAUGAUCGUGUACCUGAACGGAGCCACCCCCCACAGACGGAUGCCUGGCCUCGGUUGGCUCAAGAAAUGCUAUCAGAUGAUUGACAGAAGGCUCAGGAAGAAUUUGAAAUCCUUCAUUAUUCUCCAUCCAUCUUGGUUCAUCAGGACAAUCCUCGCCAUCACCAAGCCCUUCAUCAGCACCAAAUUCAGCAGUAAGAUUAAGUACGUGAACAGUUUGGACGAGCUGCAGGAAUCCAUCCCCAUGGACAUCAUCCAGAUCCCAGAGUGCAUCAUUAGACUCGACAAGGAGCUGAAGGAAGCAGCCGAGAACUCAAAACGACACAGUUUCCUGCUGGGACUGGAGCCAGCGGCAGCAGGCAGAACGGAACCAGCCGGUGCCAGCAGCUCUUAAACCCAAACAUCCUAAACGGACGGGUCAUCUCAAUGUUAUGAAGUCGCUGUUGUAUUGUACGGGUGAAGCUGGAAAACAGAGGCUUGUAAAGCUUGUGUGUGUGUGUGUGUGUCAAUGAGUUUAAUAUGAAACACAACUUGUUAGAUAUCAUUCUUUAUGGCUGCUGUAGCAUCUACUGUAGCUUUACACGUGUGGUGGAGUGCGACGCUCGGCAGCACCUACAGAGUAGCAUCGUCGUUCACGGUAGGGUAAGUAAUGCAAUUACACAGCAGACAGUGCACAGAGCAAAUCCAUUUGUAGAGUCUAUAGUGUUGUAGUUGUGUGCAUGAGAAGCAGUGAAGCAAUAAUAUCACCCUUUACUGGUCACACACUCAGUAUUUCAGAUAAAGAAAAGGCGACUUGUGUGUCAGCAAUCUACAAUAAAAGCACAAGGUGCAGCCAAACAAUACCUUGUGCUCUAGAUGACCAACUACUGCAUUAAAGCAAUCCACUCCUGUCUUAAUACUUCUCAAAGUCUACACAUAUAUUAUAGUCUUUCUGAAACUAAGGAUGAAUAAGGUAAACAUGAAACACAAUGUGGGCGCACGUCUCUGCACACGAACGUGUCUUCAUUCUGUCAGGAACAUCUCCUUGAUCAUCCGGAGGAAACCUCAGAGAAAUGAUAGAUGGGAUUUCUGUAAAGCACAAUAUGUUGUGUGUGUGUGUGUGUGUGUGUGUGUGCAUCAGUGCAUGUCCCCUCAUAGAUACCUGAUGAGCCCACGAGUCUUCAUCUGAGAUGUUUAGAGGAUGUGCAGAGGCAUUAUGGAUCACUGUCUAGUAAUUCAAUAAACAUUAAGUCUGAA